AGUUGUCGACCGUCGUGCAACGUAGCCGGCGAGACUUCGGCUUGCAUCUGAACCGGUAACACGACUCAAGCGAAAUUUAAAUUAAAAAAUCAAAAUUCCAAAGCAUACUCGGAUAAUUGUGGACACGUGAAGUUUGAGGUUAUAUGAGUGAUAUUCGUGUAGUAAUUCGGUGAAUAAUAAUAAGCCGUUACAUAGCAAAUUUAAAUUUCUCAGUUACAAAUUCGAUUUACCCAGAAGAGCCAUGGAAGAGGGGGUGAAAGAAAUCAAUUUAGAUUCCAUAUUGGACAGUCUUGGGCCUUAUGGAAGAUACAAUUUGUUGAAUUUCGUGCUUCUAUUAUACCCGGUCCUUCUGAGCAGCUUCUUUGAGUGCGGCUUUAUAUUUGAAGCCCAGGAGCAGUAUUAUAGAUGCGAAGUCAAGGGCUGUGAGGAGCGAUUCAACGACACCUCCUGGUUCAACUACACGAUCCCAAUUCACCCAGAGACCUUGAAGCCGGAGAAGUGUCUCAGAUACCAACCACUAUCCAACGACACUGAUCUCCAGUGUCUCAAGGAAGAGUUCACCAACAACACCGUGCCGUGCGAGAGCUUCGUCUACGAAGAUGGACACUCGUUUGUUAAAGAGUUUAAUUUAGGAUGUCAAGAGUGGAAGCGUGCACUGGUCGGAACCAUCCAUAACUCAGGCAUGUUCAUGUCAAUGCUGUUUACUGGCGCUAUUUCGGACAGAUUUGGAAGACGAGUGGCUGUUGGCUUUGCCUCCCUAGGAAGCCUGAUCUUUGGUCUGUCCAGAGCCUUCACGCCGAGCUAUAUCAUGUUCGUGAUCAUGCAUUUCUUGGAAGCCAGCACGGGAGGCGGAUUGUAUGCCUCAGCUUAUGUUUUCAUAAUUGAAUUGGUUGGAAAGAAACAACGUGUCAUAGUUUCCGCUAUGUGCAACAUGGUCUUCGUCAUAGGAGUGGUCCUUAUUGCCCUCCUCGCAUGGGUCGUCGACGACUGGAGGACCUACGUCAUCAUCCUUUACAGCCCGGCCAUUCCCGUCAUCAUCUACAUGUGGUUCACCAACGAGAGUGCCAGAUGGCUUCUCAGCAAAGGCAAAAGAGACGAAGCUAUCAAAGUUUUGAAACGAGCGGCCAAAAUUAACCGAUUAGAUCCUAGAAAAUUAGAAUUAGACAGUCUAGCAAAUCCUCUGCUGCAACCACAGAAUCAGACUGAUGACAAAAAGUCACAAAUGUAUAAAGCAAUAAGAUCGGCGAUUAUAUGGAAGAGGCUACUAAUUUGUUCGUUCAUGUGGCUGACUUGUUCUUUAGUGUAUUACGGAUUAUCAAUAAACUCAGUGUCGUUGAGUAGUAAUAGGUAUUUGAGCUUUAUGCUAGUGGUGUUGGUAGAAAUACCAGCUUAUGUGGUUGUGGUGAUCGUGCUGGACAAGUACGGGAGGAAAAAGACAUUAAUUACUACAUUUAUCAUAUGCUCUGUGACCAGUUUCCUGUUCGCGUUCUUGCCGAGAUCGGAUCUCUGGUCGCUGCCUCUGUACCUCAUCGGCAAGUGGAGCGUGACCCUGGCCUACAGCUCCGUCUACAUCUACGUAUCUGAGGUCUUCCCGACUAACAUGAGGCAGACCCUCAUCAGCGUCUGUUCUACUGCUGGAAGGAUUGGAUCGCUACUUGCGCCUGUGACGCCAUUGUUGUCCCAGUACCACAGAUCCAUGCCAACGGUGAUUUUCAGCGUGAUGGCCGCAUUGUCCUGCAUCCUGGUGUUCUUCCUCCCUGAGACCAGGAACAUGAGACUUCCAGACACCAUCGAGGAAGCAGAGCAGUUGUGCGGGAAAAGCAAAGUGAAACGAACAGAGGACGUGUCGUGAUUUAUAUUUGCCGAUGUUUUGCCAUGCGCCUUUUCUUUGCAUAUUUCGUAGUAACUAAGGGGAAUUAGAUCCGAGUUUACGCCCUGUAUUUUCUCAUAUUUUUUUCCAAUUAUUAGUGUGGAAUAAACUGAAUAAAUACUGGAUGUAAAACAUCUAUGAUUCUGAAGUAAUAUUUUUCUGGACAUACUUUAUAACUUACACUAAAAAUAUCGCACCAUUUUUUGUUUUUUUUUUUUAAAGGUGGUUCGUAAUCACUGACUAUUUUAUGUCAAACAAAAAAUCGAAUAAACAAUUUGACCAUCAACUUCAACGCAUUAUUAGUUGCAUGUCAAUCAAAAAUAUUUGUAUAUAUAAUACUUGAUGAACCAUUUGGAUCUGAUAUUCAAUUAAUACCUAUAUUUAUAGAACUAUUCCAAAAGACAUCUUAGACUUAACUUUUAUACACGUUACAUAUUUAUAAGCUUUUUUUCAAAAUAAAUAAAUUAUUAUUAUUCUUAGUGCACUAACGUUUUGAAUGGAUUCUUGCUUAUGGGGAUUUUUUUACCUAUAAAGUGCUGCGAAUUAUUUAGGUCUGAUAAAUUUACAAUAUUAUACAAAAUGUCCAUUAGGAGCGCUGUGCGCAACCUAAAAUUAAUUGUAAUUCUAAGAAAAUGAAUAUGUUAAUUAAGUAGAACAGUAUUGUUUCUCAACAUAAUAUAUUUAUUAGAUGUCAAUUUACAUUAUUUUCAAGUUUUUUAUAUGACACUUAACCCGUUAGGUACUUAUAUACUUAAGUAUAUUACAAUUUUUACAACUUUUUAUUUAAUAAUAUUAUUUUCCUUCUUACAUUUUUUAUAUAAGCAAAUUAUAUAAUUGACUACAUACCUAUAAUAGGUAUCAUUAUAUAAGCAGUAUUUUAUAUUAAAGUGAUAAUGUUUAUCUAUUGUGCUUAACGCCAAAAUGGGACCAAUAAAAUUUUGAAAGUGUGAACCAAAAUGCUAUGUACUUAGGUAUUUAAAUUGAUAACUAAUGAUGAAUAAAAUAAAAAAUUGCGUUUAAGAUAAUCUGAUUUGAAAAUACUUUUUGUAAUUUAACAAAAAAAAUAUCUGCAAUCAUUUUGUUUUGAUUUUAGGAUUAAAAUACAAUUGUUUUUCUGUACGACCACAUAAUGAUAUCAAUACAAUAUUAAUCCGACUUAUAUAUCUACGGCGGUGUUGUAAAGAUAAAAAUAUGUUUUCUGUGUGUGCAAAAAAUUGCAUUUAUAGUGUGCAUUUUUUUUUCUGAAGGUCUGAGCAAGAAUAUAGCCAAUUGACACUAGCAAUUUCAUGGUUAAUUUGCGGCUGACUGUACGUACAUACACACAAACAAAUUCGAACUUCGUUCCGCCGGAGGUUUUAUAAAUUAUUUAGAUAUAUCAUCACAUUUCUAUCUUUUACGGGGCAGACAGAACAAAGUGUCGUGAAACUAGAAGAGAAAAAAAACAGGAAAAAAUUGCAUUUCUUUUUCAAUAUUUGAAUCGUAUUAUUUAAGAAAAAGAAAGAGAAUGCUCUUUAAAAAGAAAAAUAACUUUUCUAAAACAAUCUCAAACAAAAGAGCGUAUUUACUUGAACCUUUUGAAGGAAAUAUGGAAACAUUUUAAAAAGCAUUUUUACGAAUGACUAUCGAAACGUUCAAUUUUGUUAUUUAAAAUUCCGAAUUUAAGGUUAGCCCUUACGACACUCGUUUAUACCUAAUGUCAUAAAGAUUUUUACAUGCAUUUUAUGUUAUCUAUUAUAACAUUUGUUUUAGUACAAACACUUGAAUACGUUAUUUGGAAAUAAAGUAUUAUUAAAAU